AUGGAAGAAAAUGGGGAGACAGAGAGUGAAAACAGGGACAAGACAAAUAGGGAAAGAGAGCAUGAAAAUAUAGAGAAUAAUAAGUAUGACUAUGUAAUCCUGGGUACUGGUUUAGUAGAGUGUGUCAUGGCUAAGUUGCUGUCAGAUAGAGGUAAGAAAAUAAUACAAAUAGAUAAGAACAGUUCCUAUGGAUCAGAGCUUAGAACUUUGAGAUACACGGAAUUGGAGAACUCUCUUGGAGGAAAGAUAGAUCCAGAGCUACUAGCCUUGGACAGAAAGUUUUCGCUAGAUCUGACACCAAAGUUUUUACUGGCAGAUGGACUAAUGAAAAGGUUCCUGUGCAAGUAUGGUCUAUCAGACUUAGUAUCUUUCACACCAAUUAAAGGGUCUUUCAUCUUUAAGCAUGGUAAAUUGAGGACCAUACCGACAGAUGAAAAGAAGGCUAUGAUGUCUAAUGUUGUGGGAAUGUGGCAAAAGCCAAAAAUGAUGAAAUUUUUUUGGGAUGUAAGAAAGUACUCGGAGUUGAAGAUAAAAAACAAAGAGAGCAUGUAUGCCUUUAAAAGGACAAUGGAAGAGGAGUUUUCUAGUUAUGGGUUGAAUGGAGAGAGUAUAGAGUUUGUUGGUCACGCCAUAGCACUCAAUUUAGAUGAUAGCUACUUAAAGCUCGAUCCUAAGAUCACCUUCGACAAAAUCUUUUUGUAUGUUAGAUCCUUGCUAUCUUUCAAAGAGUGUAUCAACUCCCCUUACAUAUACCCUUUAUAUGGUCUAUCUGAGAUAUGCCAGGCGUUUUCUAGAAAGGCAUCUCUAAAUGGUACUGUCUACAUGCUAAAUACACCAAUAAGGAGAAUAGAAAGGAAAGAUGAUAUAUUUGAGAUAGAGAUAUUCAACACCUGUAAUAAAAGACGUGAAAUAGUCGCUGGAAAGUACCUCAUAGGUGAACCUGGGUAUUUUGAGGAUAGAGUAGAAACUACCUGUGAGGUGAUAAGGUGUAUUUGCAUUAUCAAGGGGAAGGUAGAGAUUCUGGAAGAGAAUGUCUCCUCACAAGUUAUUUUUCUCUCUAGUGAGUUUAAAAGAAAGAACGACAUUUUCCUAGCAAUUUUGGGACCAGAAGAGUGUUCCACACCCGAUGGGUAUAUGGUAGGUAUAAUAAGUACGGUUAAAGAAACAGAGAAUCCUGGGAGGGAGAUAGAAGACAUUGUACGAAAGUUGGGGAAUGUCAAGAGAAAGUUUUUAGAGGUUAGAGAAGUUAAAGUACCCAGUGAGGGGUAUGAGAAUGUCUUCAUUUCCAAGAGUGUUGAUCAAACAACUCAUUUUGAGAGUUUAUUUGGGGACAUUCUUAGGAUAGCAAAGGAAGUAGGGAUAGAGGAGGAACUUAGGGAUGUUUGUAGUUGUGUUAUGGGUUAG